GCCAGACAACGCAUUAAGGAGUCGAAUAUGAUAGAUUAAUUUAUUAUUGAAGAAAAAGAAUUCCAAGAAGAUAUAAUCAAAGUGCAACAUUUAAAAAAUGGCAACAUUACCGCAAUUAGAUGAAGAGAAACUUAAGUUGGUACAAGAUUUGGAAAUAGAAAUGAUGCAAGACAUGUAUAAUCGUAUGACAUCUGCAUGUCACAGAAAAUGUAUAACACCAAAGUAUACCGAUCCUGAAUUAGGCAAGGGAGAGUCAAUAUGUCUGGAUCGUUGCAUCGCUAAGUAUUUAGACGUUCAUGAACGUAUUGGAAAGAAACUCACACAAUUUUCAAUGCAAGAAGCGAAAUCACAAGAGCAGCCAAAGACAAGUUAAGUUGAUCAUCGUUAGUUGCAUUUGAAGGGGGUUUUCUAUAACCUCUUGUAAGUUAAUUAUUAUAAUUUCCUUCCGACCAUUGUACAUUUUUGAAGAAUGUGUAGUUUAUAUGGAUUAGACUGUACUAAAGGAAUCUGUAUUUUAUUAUUAUCGAUAAGUUGAUAAUAAUAAAAUUAAUAAAUAAGACAGAUUGAUACAAUUUA